CCAUUUUCAUUUGUCCAUUUUCUUUCUCUCACUACAACAUAUAUACUCGUAUUUCUUUUCUUCCCACAAAAAAUAACAGAGGAAAAAAUAAAAUAAAAACACACUUCCAUUAUAAGUUAUAUUUAUAUAUAGAUAUAUCUUCCAAUAAUUAUACAUCAAACCUUGCACAUACAUCUUCUUAUAUACCAUCUGUUUGGUUUAUCUGAAUUUGCAUUGUUUGUAAUUAAAAUUAAAAGAAUUGAAAGAACAAAGAGAGAGAAAACAGGGGGCAUAUUGAGGAGGAUGAACACGCCCUCGGUUCUUACUUUGCCUCCUCUCAGAUCUUAGUUUUUUUCAAUAUUUCUCAUCUGGGUUUUCUUCAACAAGGUUGUUGGAUAUUUAGUGGAUUGGUCGUCGAAGGAUCCCAUCCUAUGUUUUUGAAUUGAAUCCGAGAAAAUUCAAUUGGUAUCCGAGAUACCAUUUUGUGUUUCUCUCACAAUUAUCCAAAACAAGAGAAAAUGCAGUCUGAUCUUGGUAAGUUAUUCAUUGGUGGAAUUUCUUGGGACACAAAUGAGGAACGUCUAAAGGAGUAUUUUAGUACUUAUGGGGAGGUGAUGGAAGCAGUAAUUAUGAAGGAUCGGACCACCGGACGUGCUCGUGGUUUUGGCUUUAUUGUCUUUUCCGACCCAGCUGUUGCUGAGAGAGUCAUUAAGGAGAAGCACAACAUUGAUGGUAGGAUGGUUGAGGCAAAAAAGGCUGUUCCAAGGGAUGACCAGAACACAAUGAGUAGAAGCAAUAGUAGCAUUCAAGGUUCUCCUGGUCCAGGACGCACUAGAAAGAUAUUUGUAGGAGGUUUAGCAUCCACAGUUACAGAGAGCGAUUUUAAGAAGUACUUUGAGCAAUUUGGGACAAUUACAGAUGUUGUGGUGAUGUAUGAUCACGCCACUCAGAGGCCAAGAGGGUUUGGAUUCAUAACUUAUCAUUCAGAGGACGCGGUAGACAAAGUGUUACUCAAAACUUUUCAUGAGCUGAAUGGUAAAAUGGUUGAAGUCAAGCGAGCAGUUCCCAAGGAGCUAUCACCGGGUCCUAGCAGGAGCCCACUUGGUGGAUAUAACUAUGGAAUGAAUAGGAUCAAUAGCUUUCUCAAUGGCUACACUCAAGGAUACCCUCCAAGUACAGUUGGAGGCUAUGGAGUUAGGAUGGAUGGUAGAUUCAGUCCAAUCGCUGGUGGUCGAAGUGGGUUUGCUCCAUUUGGUUCUGGUUAUGGAAUGGGCGUGAACUUUGAACCAGGGUUGAGCCCAAGUUAUGGGGGAAGUGCAAACUUUAAUAGUACUCUCAGCUAUGGACGGGGAUUGAACCCUUAUUACAUUGGCAAUUCAAAUAGGCUGGGUAGUCCUAUCACAUAUGAAGGAGGAAACUCUUCUUUUUUCAGCACAGCAACUCGGAAUUUGUUGGGUAAUGGGGGGUUUAAUUAUGGAACAAACCCUGCAAAUUCAAACGCUUAUAUGGGAUCAGGAAGCGGGAGCAUUGGAGGAGGCACCUUUGGCAACAGUGCAGUUAAUUGGGGUUCUUCUCCAAUUUUGCCUCAAGGUGGAGGAAAUAUUUCUAGCAACAGCGGUAAUAUUGGUUAUGGAGGUGGUGAAAACAAUUAUGGUUUGGGAGUAGGAGGAUACGGCAGAAGUGGUGCAACUAGUGGACCCCCCACAUCAUCAUAUACUGCAUCAAAUGGGGGUCAUGACGGAGCUUUUGCAGACUUCUAUGGUGGUGGUUUGGUUUAUGGAGACUCCACCUGGCGUUCAGCAAAUUCUGAGCGAGACGGAUCUGGCUCAUUUGGGUAUGGGCUUGGCGGAGCUUCUGAUAUUCCAUCUAAAAGUUCUUCUGGUUUUAUUGGCGGUUAUAGUGUUACUAAGAGGCAGGCAGAUAGAGGAAUUACUGGCUAGGAGGAUAUUGGACGUCAGAAUUUUAUAGUUGAAGUAAUUUGGUGUAGCAGAUGAACUGUGACAUUUGCGCAGUCCCUCGUUAAUAUAUCACUUUAAAAAAUUGGUAUCUGGAGCUGACUGGUUGCAUGUUUUGAAGAAUUAAGUUUAGGGAUAGAAGUUACAAAGGAUUUUGUGUUAAGGAUUGAGUUUUGUGUCACCAUUUUAGGUGUUAUUUUUUGGUUUUGAGUGAGAUGUAACAUCAGGUUGCGGCAUAUAGUCGGGAAUGUAUCAGGCAUCUCUGGUGAGGCGGGUGAUACAUAAAGAAAAAUUGACUGAUUCUUUUCUGGAGGGUUCAAUUUCUAAAAUUUAUACUUCCUGCUGUAAUGUCUCUGCAAAGUUGCAGGUUGUGGUCAGUAUGCCUUGUUUUUGUUGUUCUCUGUUUUUGGGAUUUAUUUCUCCUCAGAUUGUAUCAGAGGUUCUUGUUGAUUUACUAGUGUGAAACAUUUGAAAGUUGCCCA